AUGAGAUUCGCUGCGACCCUGUUGUCCGCGCUCGGCGUUGCGGUAUCCGCUGCGCAGAAGGCGCCGAUUGAGGCUCGCAAUAGCUCAGACGACACCUCGCUGGUGUUCAAGAUCCUUCAACUGGCCGACCUCCACAUCACAGGCAUCCCGACCGUCGGCUGCGGCACCAGCGUGCCGGCGGGUAUGGCCAGCCAAAACUGUUCGGAGGCUCUCACGUACGCCUUCAUGGAGCAGUUGCUGGACGUGGAGCAACCCGACUUUAUCGCGUUCACGGGCGACAACGUGCAAGUGUACGGCCCCAGCACGCACCAACGGGCCAUUGACGCCCUCACAAGAGCGGCCGAGGAGCGCAACAUUCCCUACGGAAUGGUGUUCGGCAAUCACGACCAGGAGGGGGACUUCCCACGAGAGAGGAUAGUCGAGAUGCUGUCUGAAAAGAACCACUCAUACAUGGUCAGCGGACCGGAGUCCGUCGACGGCGUUGGCAACUACAUGCUUAAUGUGACGGCGCCAAUUGCUGGCGCCUGGGGAGACCAAGGCGACACUGUAUUCCGUAUGUACUUCUUGGACUCAGGUGCUAAUGCGCUCACGGACAAGUACCCGUACGUAUUCUCUCAGUACGAUUGGAUUAAACAGAGUCAGAUCGACUACUACCGCCAGUUAUCGGAGACCGGGCGCGUGGAGCGACACAGCAGCACCGACUCGGUGUUGCCUGCUGUCAUGUUCUUCCACAUCCCGUUGGUCGAGUUCGCGUACUCGGAGAGCGGUUGCAACGGCGAGAAGAACGAGUGGGUGCACGACCAAGGCAUGAAUCUGCGUUUGCUGUCCACAUUGUCUGAGAUGAACGAGGUCAAGGCGGCAUUCGUGGGCCACGACCACGUGAACGAGUACUGCUGUCAAGUAGAUGGCGUGCAGCUCUGUUAUGGAGGCGGCACGGGCUUCGGACGGGCGUACGGCGCGUCCGAUUUCGCUCGUCGGGCACGUGUGAUCCAGUGGACGGUAGAUAGCAACGAGCGCCAUGAAAUCCGCAGUUGGAAGCGGCAUUACGACGACAUUAGCAUCAUACACAGCCAGGAAGUGCUGUAUUCAGAGCUGUAG